CUAUACCCCUAUUUAUUUAAGAUCUGCUAAAGGUCCAUUUGGGGAGUUGCAGAGAUCGACGGAAGAUCGGAAUAUCGGCUAGGGUUAGCAGAGAAGAAGCAUGGAGGGUUGGGAUCCGAAUACCAAGUCGACGCUGACUCAAAUCCCUCUGCUCACGACCAAAGCUGGCCCCAGAGAUGGCGCGGCGUGGACGCAGCGGCUGAAGGAGGAGUACAAGGCACUAAUCGCCUACACCCAGAUGAACAAGUCCAAUGACAACGACUGGUUCCGGAUCUCAGCUGCUAAUCCAGAAGGAACACGAUGGACCGGCAAGUGCUGGUAUAUCCACAAUCUUCUCAAGUACGAAUUCGAUCUUCAAUUCGAUAUUCCCGUCACGUAUCCCUCUACAGCGCCAGAGCUCGAGCUGCCGGAGCUCGAUGGGAAAACCCAGAAGAUGUACAGAGGUGGAAAGAUCUGCUUAACCAUUCAUUUCAAGCCUCUAUGGGCUAAAAACUGUCCUAGGUUUGGAAUUGCUCACGCUCUUUGUUUGGGACUUGCACCAUGGCUUGCUGCCGAGGUUCCAAUUCUCGUCGAUUCUGGUAUGAUCAAGCACAAAGAUGAUUCAACAUCGACCAGUGAAUCUUAAAAAGUGUAUGAACCUGUCAUGGCCAUAAAAGUGAACUUUUGACCUCAUACAUUUCUGGACAGUUGGAAAUAAAAUUAUCAGCCGCAAAACUUGUAAUUUAGAGGUUGUCUUUCGACUCGGGGGCUCAUAAUUUAACUGCAGAGGUUACAGCCUUUCAGUUACACAUACAUAGUUAUUUACUGGAAUUCAGUUCAUAAAUGUUGUUUUAUUUGCCUUUAUUCUCUCUUGAAUUUUGUUUACCAUUCAAAUUAUGCAUAGUAGUGGGAAAAUGUGGAAUGUGAACUGAUUUUGUGAAUAAAGCCAACUGUUCGAUGCA